AUGACCUCAAACAUCACUGAGUCAUUUAACUCGGUGUUGAUGGAUGAACGGGAGUACCCCGUGUCAUACAUAUUCUAUUCAAUUGCUAAAAUAAUUGGUGAAAAGCUUAGGGAGCGACAUGCCUUUGUCGAUAGUACAAACAACAAAUUUGUCCCUUGUGCGAAAAAAAUUCUAAGGGAUAAUAAGAGUGCGAGCGAUUUCUUGUAUGUGACUAAUGCAAAUGGGGGUCUCGACCAAUUCACAGUAUUCGACAAUGGUGUUACUGCUAAGGUCAAUCUCUUGGAGAAGAGUUGUUCUUAUCAAAAAUUUGACUUGUUGAAAAUGUCGUGUGAACAUGCAAUGGCCGGUUUGCGAGCAAAGUAUGGCGAUGACAAAGGUUAUGGUAACUCCAUCUACGAGUACUCUUCGCCAAUUUAUAAAGUUGAAAAUUACCUCGUCAUAUACUCGGAAGCUAUUAACGUUGUCUCUCUAGAGACCGAAUGGACUAUGCCACAGGAAUUGCAAGACACAAACAUUUGUACAUCCCCCUACGAUUCCAAACUCAAAAGGAAGAAAGUCAAAUGCAUUAAGGGGGUCGGUGAGACAUUCAAGUCCAAAAGGAGGAAUAGGUGUUCAAUAUGUAAGAAAUUCGGGCACAAAAGAACCACAUGUAGCAUGGCCAACAAAUCUUAA